GCAGUGGAGGGAGGCGUUGACUCGACUAGCCGCUGUGCAGCUCUUACUGCUCCGCGUGAACGUCAAUUCUGUUCACUGUGAUUGAGUCAAAAGGCACAAAAAUGUCAGGAAAGAGUUUUCGAGUCAGCGACGGGGACUGGAUUUGUCCCGAUAAAAAGUGUGGUAAUGUAAACUUCGCAAGAAGAACAAGCUGCAACAGAUGUGGAAGAGAAAAAACCACAGAGGCCAAGAUGAUGAAAGCAGGAGGAACAGAAAUUGGGAAAACUCUUGCUGAGAAGAGCAGAGGCCUCUUCAGUGCAAAUGAUUGGCAGUGCAAAACAUGUGGCAAUGUGAACUGGGCAAGGCGUUCAGAGUGCAACAUGUGCAACACUCCAAAGUAUACCAAGCUUGAAGAAAGAACAGGUUAUGGUGGAGGUUUCAAUGAAAGGGAAAAUGUGGAAUACAUAGAACGGGAGGAAUCUGAUGGGGAAUAUGAUGAGUUUGGUCGAAAAAAGAAAAAAUAUCGUGGAAAGAGCAACAGCUCAAGUUCAGCAAAAGAACCUGAAAAGAAAGAAGUACCAAAAGAUGAUCCGGAGGAGGAGGAAGAAGAGGAGGAAGAUGAUGACGAAGAUGGUGACCUGUCUAAAUACAAGCUUGAUGUAAGCCCGUUGAUUAGAAGUUCUAAUAACUUCUUGUAUGCAGAAAUAGCCGUUAUUAAAAUCAUGUAUUUGCAGGACGAUGAGGAUGAUGAAGAUGGGGAUCUGUCAAAGUAUGAUCUCAUUGCCAGUGAUGAGGACGAAAAGCCAGCCAAGAAGAGCGGCAGCCAAUCUGGCUCUUCACGCUCUUCCUCGCGCUCUUCUAGCUCCAGCUCUCGGUCGAGGUCCAGGUCCCGUUCUAGAAGUUCUUCCAGUUCCAGAUCUGGAUCUCGUUCGAGAUCUCGCUCCAGAUCGAGCUCCAGGUCUGGGAAGGGCUCCUCUCCCCACAAGAGGUCCCGCACGCCAUCCUCCUCACCCGAGAGGACGCGGAAGCGCAGUCGCUCCAGGUCUUCAUCUGGAGGAAGAAAACGAAGACGCUCUAGAUCACAUUCGUCCGAAAGACGCAGUGGCCAUUCAUCUGGAUCGUCCCACUCUGGCUCCAGUUCUAAAAAGAAAUAGCUUUCUUACAGCUUCAUAAACCAGUAAAGUUUAGUGGAAGUGCAUGUCUUGUUGCAAACACAAAACCAUACACCUUCAGUAUGCUCUUCAUUGUCGUAACCUCUUAAGUCUUACUUCUAAUCAAGAAAAGCAGGCAAGAUGAAAUCAUCCUGUCAUUACCUAUGUGCUCCCUUUAAAAUGAAAAAAACAACAACUGGAGUGUUUGUAUCUUUAGAUGUCAAAUAAAAAUAGUUUGGUCCUAAUGGGGAAAAGUAAUUUACAUUUAAGGAUGGAUUUCCCUUUUAAACCUUAUUUUUUGCCCAAGAUCUCCAUGAGUAUUUAGCCCUGGUCAUUUGUAGAACUGGAGCAUUCUUUUGUUUUACGUUACCAUCAAACUUGGGUAGCUGAAAUGUAGCUAUGAUUUGUUUUUUUGUUUUAUUUUGGGGGGUGAAGGUAAGUAUACUUUUUGAUAUUGUUUUAAUUGAAAAAGUUUCUUUUCUGGUGUUUAGUUUGAGUGUAAGUUUUCCCUACAUUCAGUUGUGGGUCAUUCUGAGUUGUAAAAAAAAAAAAAGAAGAUAUUCCCACUGAUUUUUCUUCCUUUUAUCUCUCUGGUAACCAACUAAGUUUUCUGCUCCAGUUCAGAAUAGCACAAACUGCUAAAAAUUGUGAUUAAUAUGUGACAUCAAAGUCUUUUUAGAAGUAAAAUGACUAAAAUGUACAAAUGUAAAUAAAAACUUGUCAGCCUUG